AUGCACGUGCAACAGCAGGCGCAAAUGCUGCAACUGCAUCUCGUAGAGAAAAUGCGGAAACUAUUGCAGCCGCGGAAGCAACAGCUAGUGCAAGAGCUGCAAAUAAAGCACGGAAUAGCCAUCGCGACAUUGAAAACAGCCGGAGCAAAUAGUGCCGCUUCUGCACAAGCGGUAAGUAGUAGUAAAACAAUCGGGCCAGAUUGGGGCAAACAACUUGAAAGAUUUAAAGUAAUUGACAUUUUAGAUUUUUAUAAUAAAGGUAGAAAUGAAAGAAAAUCUGAAUAUGAGCAAACAAUAGCUCAAAGUUUGGCUAACGCAAGAGCUACAAGUGAAACAUAUGGAAAGAAUGACGCUGCUGCAUCUGCACAAGCUGCUGCUAGUGCCAAUGCUGCCAGUAGCGCAUAUGGAAGCAAAUAUGGAAGCGCAGUAGCCACUGCCAACAGUCAAGCGAGCGCAACUGCAUUAAGCCAUAGAAGACAUUACAAGAAUCAUAACAAGAACUGGAAAUAUCACGGUCAUCAUAGAAGCUACGAAAAUCUGCAUGAUUCUUCAGAGGAAAAGCUAUGGCCGAAACAUGAUGAAUCUUUUAAUGUAAUUUACCGAAGAAGGAGAGCAAUCAGUGAUGCAGCAGCUUUAGGUCAAAGCGGCGCUAUUGCUACGAGUAAUAAACGUAAAGGAAUUUCUAUUGCCAAAAGUAACAGCGCAUCCAACGCUGCUGCUGCUGCUCUGAACAAUGUACGUGAAGGAACUUCUAUUGUCAAAAGUAGUAGCGCAUCCAACGCUGCUGCUGAUACUCUAAGCAAUGGACGAAAAGGAAUCGCUAAUGCUGCAGCAAACAGUGCAUCUAAUGCUGUUGGUUUAACUCAUAAUCUAAAAGGAGCUGAUACUGUAGUUAAAAAGCUAUGGCGAAGAAGGAGAGCAAUCAGUGAUGCAGCGGCUUCAGGUCAAAGCGGCGCUAUUGCUACGAGUAAUAAACAUAAAGGAAUUUCUAUUGCCAAAAGUAACAGCGCAUCCAACGCUGCUGCUGCUGCUCUGAACGAUGCACGUGAAGGAACUUCUAUUGCCAAAAGUAGUAGCGCAUCCAACGCUGCUGCUGAUACUCUAAGCAAUGGACGAAAAGGAAUCGGUAAUGCUGCAGCAAACAGCGCAUCAAAUGCUGUUGCUCUAACUAGUCUAAGAGGAGCUAAUACUGUAGUUAAAAAGCUAUGGCGAAGAAGGAGAGCAAUCAGUGAUGCAGCGGCUUCAGGUCAAAGCGGCGCUAUUGCUACGAGUAAUAAACAUAAAGGAAUUUCUAUUGCCAAAAGUAACAGCGCAUCCAACGCUGCUGCUGCUGCUCUGAACAAUGUACGUGAAGGAACUUCUAUUGUCAAAAGUAGUAGCGCAUCCAACGCUGCUGCUGAUACUCUAAGCAAUGGACGAAAAGGAAUCGGUAAUGCUGCAGCAAACAGCGCAUCAAAUGCUGUUGCUCUAACUAGUCUAAGAGGAGCUAAUACUGUAGUUAAAAAGCUAUGGCGAAGAAGGAGAGCAAUCAGUGAUGCAGCGGCUUCAGGUCAAAGCGGCGCUAUUGCUACGAGUAAUAAACAUAAAGGAAUUUCUAUUGCCAAAAGUAACAGCGCAUCCAACGCUGCUGCUGCUGCUCUGAACAAUGUACGUGAAGGAACUUCUAUUGUCAAAAGUAGUAGCGCAUCCAACGCUGCUGCUGAUACUCUAAGCAAUGGACGAAAAGGAAUCGGUAAUGCUGCAGCAAACAGCGCAUCAAAUGCUGUUGCUCUAACUAGUCUAAAAGGAGCUAAUACUGUAGUUAAAAAGCUAUGGCGAAGAAGGAGAGCAAUCAGUGAUGCAGCAGCUUUAGGUCAAAGCGGCGCUAUUGCUACGAGUAAUAAACGUAAAGGAAUUUCUAUUGCCAAAAGUAACAGCGCAUCCAACGCUGCUGCUGCUGCUCUGAACAAUGUACGUGAAGGAACUUCUAUUGUCAAAAGUAGUAGCGCAUCCAACGCUGCUGCUGAUACUCUAAGCAAUGGACGAAAAGGAAUCGGUAAUGCUGCAGCAAACAGCGCAUCAAAUGCUGUUGCUCUAACUAGUCUAAGAGGAGCUAAUACUGUAGUUAAAAAGCUAUGGCGAAGAAGGAGAGCAAUCAGUGAUGCAGCGGCUUCAGGUCAAAGCGGCGCUACUGCUAUGAGUAAUGGACGUGAAGGGACUUCUAUUGCCAAAAGUAACAGCGCAUCCAACGCUGCUGCUGCUGCUCUGAACAAUGUACGUGAAGGAACUUCUAUUGUCAAAAGUAGUAGCGCAUCCAACGCUGCUGCUGAUACUCUAAGCAAUGGACGAAAAGGAAUCGGUAAUGCUGCAGCAAACAGCGCAUCAAAUGCUGUUGCUCUAACUAGUCUAAGAGGAGCUAAUACUGUAGUUAAAAAGCUAUGGCGAAGAAGGAGAGCAAUCAGUGAUGCAGCGGCUUCAGGUCAAAGCGGCGCUACUGCUAUGAGUAAUGGACGUGAAGGGACUUCUAUUGCCAAAAGUAACAGCGCAUCCAACGCUGCUGCUACUCUAAACAAUAAACGAAAAGGAGUCGCUAAUGCUGCAGCAAAUAGCGCAUCUGAUGCUGUUGCUAUAAUAAUCUAA